AACUUCAUAAGCUUGGGUUUGAAACUGAAGUAAAAUGCAGUGCAGAUAACUACUUUGGCAUGUAUAGUCACAAUAUAAGUCAACUACCUAGAUUUGUUCCUAAUAUUUUCAAAAGUUACGAAGUCAUCGAAGGAGAUGAAACUAGAGUUGGCUCCAUCAGGCUUUGGAAAUAUGUCCUGGAGGGAAAGGAAAUCGCAGCCAGGGAAAGAUUUAACAGCGUUCGACAAGGAAAACAAGUCAAUCACCUAUGAGAUGUUGGAAGGAGAAAUCAUGAAUUAUUACAAAGCUAUAUCGGCUAAACUUGAUGUGAUUCCAAAGCAAUGUGCUGCAGGGAAUAGGAGCUUGGUAAAAUGGUCUCUGGAAUUUGAGAAAGUUAACGAUGAUAUCCCUAAUCCAACUGCUUAUAUUGAUCUACUCCAAUAUAUCACCAAGGAACUCAGUUCUCAGCUCUGCUGAACUUUAUUCGUAGUACAACCAUUACUAAGAAACCCCAACUACGUAGUCUACCAUAUAUAAUACUAGUAGUAUUUCUACGGAUUAAAAGACAACUUGUUUGUUUCUUAAGCAUAUGUACUAUCGACUCUUUCAGUUUCACUUGGCAUUGCUACAUGGGUGUAUGCUUGUGUGUGCGUUUGCAGCGGAAGAAAAACUUAAUUAAAAAACUUAUUGUUAAAUCGAGAGAUAAUUAUAAUAAAUAAACUAACUACGCUGAUACCAAGAAAA